AUGAGUAUCGCUCUCGAUGCCCUCAUUUUCGUCACGGCAUGGGCCCAUGUUAUGCUGUCGCCCUAUACAAAAGUCGAAGAAAGCUUCAACCUCCAUGCUAUUCAUGAUGUGCUCAUGUAUGGCGUUGGUCGAGCUUCGCUCCCUAAAUACGACCAUUUCGUCUUCCCUGGCGCGGUACCCAGAACGUUCGUCGGUAGUGUGUUGCUGGCGUGGAUGUCGAAAGCAGUGAUCUAUUUUGCUGAACGACUUGGUUUCGUUUCUUCAAAGUUUGACCUCCAAAUAAUUGUUCGACUCGUCCUCGCCAGUCUCAACAGCGUUGGACUUUGUUGUAUUCAACGUGGCGUCUCCCGACGUUUCGGUCGGCUCACAGGACUUUUCUUCACCCUCUUCACGGUGUCACAGUUCCACUUACCAUUUUGGAUGGGACGAACGUUACCGAAUAUGCUUGCCCUGUUCCCAGUGAACCUUGCAACGUAUUUGAUUGUUGAUGGACCUCCCGCCAUUCAACCAUCUAACUCCAGAGUCACCACCGUUAUUGCUCUCCUGACGUUUACAGCAGUCGUCUUCCGCGCUGAGAUUUUUUUGCUACUUGGACCUCUCUCAUUGCAAUUCCUCUACCUCCGUUACAUAACCUUCCCUAGACUUGUCAAAGUUGGCGUCCUUUCGGCCUUAGUAUCAGUGACCUUGACCAUCUUGGUGGAUUCAUAUUUCUGGGAUACGAAAUACUUGUGGCCAGAGUUUUUUGGGAUAUAUUUUAAUGUUUAUCAAGGAAAGAGCGCGGACUGGGGUGUCGACCCCCCUCUGACAUACUUCACGAGACAUCUUCCGCGGCUAUUGCUCUCCGCCGUACAACUCUCGCUGCUAGGGCUUUAUAUCGAUCAUCGCAUUCGCUCUCUCUUACUACCUUCCAUCAUAUUUGUAGCUCUCAUUAGUGGAUUAGGCCAUAAGGAAUGGCGGUUCAUCAUCUACGUUGUGCCCACUUUCAACGUUGCUGCAGCCAGAGCGGCAAAGUGGUUGGUGGGCCGUGGCAAAAAGGAGCUUUCUGGGAGGUUACUCUACGCUGGGAUCUUCGGGCUCCUUUUUAUGAAUGUAGUAAUCACCUUUGCUCACACAUGCGCCUCUAUAGCAAAUUACCCCGGAGGUGAAGCGCUUUCCUUGUUCAAUCAAAGAUACCAGCGCCUUCGUUCACCCCUUCAUGUCCACAUAUCAAACCUUGCUGCUCAAACUGGGGCUUCGCUAUUCCUGCAAGAACAUUCACCGCCAUACUUAACACCUGUGAAAGACAGAUCUUGGACCUACGAUAAAACAGAAAACUUGACGCUGCAGGAUUUGAAUGCGUCUCAAUCUAUCACCCAUUUGAUAAUGGAAGUGACAGAGACAACCCCAGAGCAAUGGACAGUAGUGGAAGAGGUUCAAGGAUUCAAUCGCUGGCGGGUUGACCAUGGCAUCCUUUCUGGACGAAAAGAAUUGUUGAGAUACCCGUGGGACAUUGUUAUCAUGUCGAAAACGACGAUGUUGUGGAUUAUGGAGAGAAAUGAUUAGUACCAUUAAAGGACCUUUACCGGCGCUAUGUCAGCUUUGGUCUUUCUCGAUCCGAAAAUCCCAGUACCAACUCUGACAAUAUCACCUCCAGCCUUUAUGGCAGCCUCGAAGUCAUUCGACAUGCCCAUGCUCAAGAGCAAUCGUCCAUCGCCCGUCUCAGCACCCCAUUUUCCCUUCCAUGUAUCCUGAAACUCCAUUAACAGAAAACUUUGCAGAAUGUUUCGUGUCUCCUUCAGCCUUUCGAAGUCGGCAUUAUCAUCACCAGAAUUCAAAGACUGCUCCAGUGCACCUAUCGUCAUUAAUCCUUGUAGUCGUAGUCGGGGACAU